UGAACCUGGCGCUCAAUGACGUCACGCCGACCCCGCGCUGUGAUUGGCUGCCGGCGCCGCCCUCUCCCGAGCGCCGCCGAAGGAGAGCAGCGACGAGGAGGGGCGUCCCUGCCAGCCUCCCUUAGCACCCAGAAUUUCCCACCACGCAACGGGGCGAUUCGCUUAUUUCACGUCGUGUCAGAUACCAUGGCGAUGUCUUCCAAGAAGAUAACAUAUACCAGUGAUUUUAAGUUAAAGGUACUUGAUUACUAUUUCAAGAAUGGAGGCGAUGAUAAUUUUGGACUCAAGAAGAAAACUGCUCAACACUUCAACAUCGACAAGAAGACUAUCAGCAGAAUGUUAAACAACCCAGACAUGGUGAAAAGGGCACGGAAACUCCUCGCACGCAAGGUUACAACCACUCCCAAGAAUACCCCCACCACACGCCAGGGGGCAGCCAAGACCUCUGCCAAGGCCACCAAAGUUGCUGCGGCUAAAGUGAGUGUUGCCAACACCUCGGGGAAGGUCUCUGCAUCCAGCCAUACCAGUGCCUCAAACAACAACAACAGCAACAGCAGCAGCAGUAGUUACAAAGCAUCUACCUCAUCUGCGAGCAGUACAAAGCAUGCGGGUGGCAGCAGCGGGAGCAAUCAGGGCAACAGUAGCUCGCAGCCCUCGGCAAAGUCCGCAGCUUCAAAGACUAAGUGUGGGGAUCAGGAAGGAGACAAUGGAAUACAAGUGUUCGACCUGCCAGAGGAUCCUGACUACUCAAUUCUCAAGAAGUCCAUCAAUGCCUCAGCAAAUGGAGUUGCCAACCUGGCCAAACUUCUCGUCACAGGCACGAAAGAGGUACAAAACUUGAUCCUGAACGAGUGUGAUGUGAUCCUAGAGUGCAAAGUGUGCAACAAUCUCUUCAGAUCGGUAGUGAAUUUCCUCGCUCACAAAAGAAUAUACUGCCAAGAAGAGUAUGCAGAUGUCAGGUCACUGUUUCACAAAGUAAGUGUCACAAAAUGA